AUGCGUCUGUUCCGGAUUUUGAUGGUUGCUGUGGCGACUUUGCUAACUGCUGGCGAGGUGGAAUCGAGGGCUGCUUUUAGCGUUAAGGCGAUCAAGGACUUGAAGGUGCUUGAAGAUGCAAAGGUGUUAAAACGUGUUAAGAUGUUAGAACGUGUUGAUGCGUUUGAUCGUGCUAAGGUGUCAGAAAGUGUUGAGGCGUUAAAACGUGCUAAGGUGUUAGAACGAGUUAAGGCGUCCGAAGGUGCUAUGGUGUCCGCAGGUGCUAAGGUGUCAGAACGUGCUACGGUGCCCGACGAUUACAUUGUAACCGUUGAUAACAUGAAGUUUACCAUUCCGGAGCAUUAUCUCAAAAACAAAGAAAUUGAACCGGCUACUGUGAAGAAACUCAUCGGGGAUAAAACAACGUUAGACGAUUAUACAAGAGAUCUUGGUAUUGAUACAGCAAAUUUUCGAAUAGAAAAGACUCAGAAAAACUUGAGGAAGAUCCAGGAAUACGGGUAUAUUUUGCUCAAAAUUAAACGUGGAAAUUUCGAGAACGGGGUAAAGGAUCUUGCGACAGAACUCCGUGCGCACAAACAACAAAAACUGUUACGAACGUUUGCAUUCAAAAAUACUGAUACGUUGAUCACAUGA